UGUUGAUUCCUUAUUAAUAAUUAUUUGUAAAUGAAGAGAGUGAACAAACAAAGGAAAAGGGAGAUUUCCAAAAAGAAGUUCUGUGAAGUAUACAUAGGCUCCAACUCAAGUAUUAGCACCACUCAUCAGACGACGAGGAAGAAUAUUAGAAGAGUCUAUGCAAGCAAGAACCAGAGGAAUAAAUCUAGAAUUAUAAUCCAGGAAGCUACUCAAAAGUCACUUGCUGCAAACGAAGUCAAGACUGGCAAACAGAUUCGAAGAUCGUCUCAGAACCGAGUUGCCAAUCUGCCUCAGGUCGGGAUCCUUCACUCUAUUAAGAACUUGAACAUCUUUGCUGGUAAGAUGAAUGGCAGACUUGGGCUGAGACCUAUUGUUGUUGAAAGAGCUAAGCCUGAGUAUCUUCCUACAAUUGAUAAUGCGACCAUUUUCACUUCAAAGAAUAACAAGUCUUUCGAUGACCUGAAAGCUACUAUUAAGAAGAGGAGAAGGAUCAAGAAGAUCAUCAAUGCUGCUAGGACUACCAUCCCUUACUUGAAGACCGAAUCGAAUCCCAUGGUAUCUAAGCUGAGUAUGAAACUCUUCAAUUCUUCUGGGAUGAGAAUCUUGAAGACCCUAAUAGACAAAGAAGAAAGCUACUCUACUCCUCUCUCUGACCAUGAUGUGACUCCUAAAAUGAGGGCAAGGAUGGUAGACUGGAUGCUUGAAGUAUUCUCAGUAUACAAGAAACCGGAAGAUACAUAUUUCCAAUCGGUGUACCUUUUGGACAAAUAUCUUUCGCUUACUGAUAAUAUACUGGACGACUCACACAUCCAUCUGCUAGGAGUUACUUGAAUGUUCUCAGCUUCGAAGUAUCUUGACUAUGAGUGCAUUAGCUUAAAGGAUAUUUGCAAGAACAUAUCCCAUGAAGUUUUUGAUGAGAAUAGCAUACUCAAAUGCGAAAAUAAAAUUUUGGAAACUCUUGAUUUUCAGUAUGAUAUCACUACCCCAUUCCAUUUUAUCUCGACAAUACUGCUAAUUGUCAAAACUCUUGUCGAUGAUGAGAAGAACCAUCAGCUACUUUCAUGCUUGGAGUUGACUUCUUUUCAGUAUGCUAAGAUGAGCCUGAUCAACAAAGACUUUUGACAGCUCAAGCCAUCAGAAAUUGCUUUUGGCGCAAUUUCUAAUGCAUGAAAUUUUUUGAUUAAACCUCAGUCACAUCAUACUCUAAGAGAGAUAUCAAGUUUCACGAAGGAUCAAGAAGUGAUCAACAACAUUGUAAGGCUCUUCCAAAUCAUGCUCCAGAAGUCGGUCUUCAAGGACAUAGACAUUGACACUAUAGAAGAUGCUAUGGGAAGUCAUUUGGCUCACUUUGAUGAAGAAUUUUCAUAUUGAACAAAUGCUCAUAAAUUUUCAUUGAUGACUAAGUAAGAAUUCCUUUCAAAAUUUUAAAUCUAAAAG